CUGUCGCAACGCUUCCGGGUUUUUAGUAUAAACAGCAAAACUGGAGAAUUAUUCGCAAAAGUUAUCCGCAACGAGUGCACAUACAAGCGACUGUCAUGAAUCACGAUAGGGAUGGAGCUAUUGUUGGGCUGAUGCCGUACCAAUAUGUCCACGUUUUGGAUCUGACAACGAACAUCACACGGCUGGAGAUCGGGCCACAGACCCUUGUCCUGAAGACUAAUGAGCGUGUUGAUGCUGGACCUCUACCUAUGAUAGUCAUCCCUCCUGGUCACUAUAUCAGUGUCACAGACCCGAUCAGCCGCUAUGAGGCAGGCAAGGCAUGUGAGCUCAAAAUUGGCCAAAAGGAAGUAAGGGUUCAUCAGGACCCGUUCCCCCUCUACCCAGGUGAAUCCCUCACGAUGGCCCCAGAGUACAUGCAAAGGGGGCAGUUCCAGAAAGCAGUCCGUCCCCUCCCUGUUAUAAAGGCCAACCAUGCCAUCCGCCUCCGUGCUCUCAUUGACCUGGUGGAAUUCGGGGUGAAGAGGAAGGAGGAGGAGAUGUGGCAGCUGCCUGGACCACUGACAUACAUUCCUAGAGCUGACGUGGAAGUUGUGAAGAUUGUACAGCCUUUCAUCAUCAAGAAUGGGGAUUCCCUCAAUCUGCGGGCUAUUCAGGACUGUUAUGAUAGUGAAGGAAGCAAGCGUGUGACGGGCGAGGAGUGGCUCGUGUCUAUACCAGGGGCUUAUGUGCCUGGAGUGUUUGAAGAGGUACUUGACGUUAAAUCGAAGAUAACCUUGACCCAUGACUCUGGCCUUCACCUUCGAGCCACCCGGACAUUAAAUGAUGCAUAUGGGGACAGCAGGCUGGCUGGAGAGGAAUGGCUUCUGACUGGAGAAGAAACUGACAGUUAUUUCCCUGAAGUCGGAGUGGAGGUGGUGAAACAGGUGCAGAAGACGGUGGUCAGCAAGGGUCAGUACUGUGUUGUCCUUGACCCUGUAGAUGAGGACAAGAAGCCAUGCCUUGGACAGCGGGUGCUGAAGAAAGGGUUGUGUACAUUUUUCCUCCACCCAGGUGAGAGGCUAGAGGACGGGAUACAGAACACCCAUGUCUUGUCAGCUGACGAGAGCCUCGUCCUCCAGGCCAAGGGAGCCUUCACAGACAAUAUGUUUAAAGGAAAGCCUAAACGAAAGCCAGGUGACUUGUGGCUGAUCCGAGGACCAGUCGAGUACAUCCCACCCAUUGAAGUGGAGAUAGUGAAGAGAAGAGAAACCAAACCCCUCAGCAAGAAUGAGGGAAUCUAUGUACAGAACAGACAGACCGGGAAGAUAAGAAGUGUCAUGGGACCGUGUUCAUACAUGCUGAACGCCCACGAGGAACUGUGGGAGAAACCAUUAACUCCAGAGGUCGAGGAGAUACUCAGGAAUGGCGGUGGAAUCGGAGAUGGUAACAUCCGAAAACUGGCGUACUAUGAGCAAUCCAUCAACCCGAGCAUUCUCAAGGGUCGAAACAAAACCAAAAUAGUUACCUACCGUUGCCCUGGUAACACAGCUGUCCAGGUGUACAACUACAUGCAGAAGACAGCGAGGGUGGUCCUCGGCCCGGACCUCAUCAUCCUGGGGCCACAUGAAAACUUCAACGUUCUCAGCCUCAGUGCCGGCAAACCAAAGAAAGCCAAUGCACUGAAGUCACUGUGCAUGAUGUUGGGACCAGACUUCAUCACAGAUAUUCUGGAGGUUGAGACGUCAGAUCAUGCAAGACUUCGAAUCCAAGUAGCAUUUAACAAUCAUUUCGAGUAUGAUAGAGAUGAUGAAGCAAGUUUGAAGAAAAUCUUUGCUGUACCUGACUUCAUCGGCUUUGCUAGUCGCCAAGUUGGAAGCCGAAUCCGAGCCGCUGUCGCCCUGGUCCACUUUGAUGAGUUCCACAGACACUCCCUGCAGAUCAUUCGAACGGCCGUGUUCGGCGUCAACCCUGCCAAUAACAAGCUCAACUCUCACAUCCGAUUUAGUGAAAACAACUUGGUAAUUACCAGUAUCGAUGUUCAGAGCAUUGAGCCAUCGGACACAAAGAUGAGGGACAGCCUCAGCAAGUCCAUACAGAUGGCCAUUGAGAUCGCAACAAGGUCCGUAGAGAAUGCAGCAUCUCACGAGGCCGACAAGAUCGAACAGGCAGCACGGGGACAACUGGAGAGACAGAAGCUGGCCAAUGAGAAGGAUGCAGAGAAGGAGAGGGCCAAGCUGCUGCAUCUGUGUGCUAUAGCUGCAGCUGUGGAGUCAACUGGUCAGGCCAAGGCUGAGGCGCAGGCACAGGCAGAGAGGAUACUGAUAGAGUGUCAGAGUGAGAUCGAAGCUGCAAAACUGAAGGCCGAGGCAGAGGGAAUAGAACAUCAAGCUAAACUGGAGACACAGAGCAUGGUGAGGCGGGGCGAGAUCAACUACCUGCGAGGUCGUAACAAGCUCCACCUGGACAAAAAAAGAAGAAUGGCACAGAUUGAGGUGAACAAGUUCCAGGAGAUGAUUGAGAGUGUUGGCCAAGAGACCUGUGCAGCCAUGGCCCAAGCAGGCCCAGAUACCCAGACUCGCUUGCUGCAGGCACUAGGGAUGAAGAGUGUGUUGUUCACUGAUGCCCAGAAUCCCCUCAACCUAUUCAACACGGCAGAUGGUCUUGCAUCUAUGGGAGGCAAGGAGCAGACAUCUGCCUGAAGUGCUCCGUCUUGUCACCCAUUGGUUCUCCACCGAUAGUCCUUGCUAGAACCAUGGCUUGCCUGGACACAAGGACAGCUCACAAAAUGUCAUCAGUUUGUAUUCAAUUUAAGAUUGUGAGCUGUUGGAGAAAUAUGCUGUUAUUGUAUGAUAAGAAAUAGAUUAAGUUUCACAACAAGAGAUAGAUAUUCUGGAUAAAGGUUAAUGAAAGGACAGGGGGUGGGGUUGGCCAAGGUGCUGCAAUUCACUGUGCAGAGUUGCGUCCCUUGGGCAUGCCUGAAAUAUAUGAGCAUGGGUUCUAAUCCCAGUUGGCCCUGAUUAUGUUUCUAGGUGCAUUAUACCCAUGCUCAUGGGAUUCACCAAAGUGAUAAACAUCUGAGCUUUGGGAUUUCCUCCCGCAUCAAGCUGAUACGCCAUGAUAUAACUGGAAUACUGUUCACUGCGGCAUUAAACCAUACUCGCUCACUAAUGAGUGAGUGCUGUGUAACUGCCAGAGACAACAAGAAGACCAGAAUCAUCCCCAGACAUUUGCAGCUCGCCAUCAGGUGGGUUUGGAGAUACCAGAAAUGGGCUUCACACAUUGUACCCAUGUCGGGAAUCGAAUACAGGACUUCGGCAUGACAAGCAAACACUUUAACCACUAGGCUACCCGACCACCCAUCACUAAUGAAAGGACACGUCCAGUCAAAGUAUAACUCCAGUAUGCAAUAUCAUCAACAUUGAAGUAAAGCACUUGUGAUAUAAAUGAGAACAUUAGCAUAAUAUGUUUGGUUCAUUUGGAUUUCUUUUGAUGCCACAGCUUUGGGCUGUUGAAAUUCCAUCUUGGCCAAAAGAACCAAGACGGACAAACAAAUGUUUGACUACCAUUGUUAUUGUUACUUGUAUAGAAGAUGUAAAUCGUGAAAUUAAUGUGAGCAUGUCGUUAAUGUGAAAAAUAUGUGUCACUGUUGCUUGGAUUAAUAAUGUGAUGCACAUUGGGACUGUUCCAUCAUAGUAGCUGCAUAGGAUUACCAGAAACAGUAGUCGGGGGAAGACAAAACGCAUCUCUUUAUGACGUGAUUGGAUUGACAGGUAGUUUCACCUAAUGUUCAAAGGCAGGGCUGCUUGCAUUGAUCUCAUGAUGCAUUUUAGACUGGGAGUCGGCACUCGCAUUAAUUACAUGAUUUUCUGUAAUAAAUAGCAUUAAGUGCCUUUAAUAUAUACAGAGCAUGGUAUGACAUGUUUGCUGAUGAUGAGAGAGGUUGUAUGUCUUAAAUUUCCAUUUAGAAAAAGUAAUUGACACUUUAGUCUGUGAUAUUGCUCUGUAGUUACUUCACCAUGAUUACUGAGUUUUUGAGAGCUGCUUUUUGUGAGUAAUUGUCAUUAUUUCAUGUAAUUGUCUCCUGAAAUUAAUGUGAAUUAAACUAAGGUCACCAAAUCAUCUUAAAGUAGCACAACACAUAUUCCUAGGUUAGAACAACAACAAACAAAUUAUUCUGUAAUGUUUACAGAAAGCCUCAUGUAGUAUCAUAUAUAUAUUUAUUUUUAGAGUUAUGUUAUAUUCUCUACAAUCACAUUUAUUGUAUAUAAAGAAUAUACCAUGUAGACAACUUCAACCAAUGAAAUGAAUGUGUUUGAAGAACCUGCAAGAGGCUAUGUUGGAUAAGGUAUUUUACCUGAUCUAACUCCAGUUAUAACGAAUCACAAUCUUUCUUCUCACACUACUUAAUGUGUACAUGAUUCCUAUGCAUUUGUAAGGCAAGUAGGAACACCUGCAUGUUCUUUAGCCAUAAAUUCAUUUCACACACAACCCUGAAAUUUGAAAAUCUUUGUAACUAGAUCCGUGAGUGGAUUUAACAAGACAGAAACUUUUGGGUCACUGCAGAAAUAAAAAAAUAUCACUGAUAGGAGGAGACAGGUUUUUUGACGACCUACAUUACAGAUCUUUUCAGGACCUCGAGUGGACAGUUUUGUUAAAUUAAUGUAUUUUCUUUGAAAUUUCACAUUUUCCCUUUACCAGUAAUGUGGACAAAACCUGGCAUCAAUUAACUUGGCAAGUUUUUUAAAACAACCUGGAUAUAGGAUAUGAACUUUGUGCCUUACAAUAUCUCAAAUGUUUUGCAAUUUAUUCUACUUCUUUUCAUUACUACAUGUGGUGUGUCUUUCUAUAGUAAGACUGUCAACAUGACAGUAGAGCUGAUUUGGUCCGUGUUACCAUUGUUCCAUAGACAUGAGAGCUUUCUAUAAAAUGAUUCAAUCAUUGGACCUAAAUUGGUUGCAUAUCUUUCUUUGGGAAGUUGGUUUGAAAGAAUGAAAGAAAGAAAUUUGUGCAUGAUAUUUAUUACCGUAUUAAUCAUAUUAAGCGACCUGCUCCAAUAUGUAUCCCCUGACCAACCUUGAGACCAUUCUGUAAGUAAUAUUCAUAAGCACCCUGUACAAAGACCAAAUAUACAGCCCCUAUUUUCUUGUGAAUAUAACAGAAUUUUAACAGAAAACAGCAAUACAGAAUGGGUAUUGGUAACUAUUAACAUUUUUGUUUCAACAUUUGAACUUGACUACCUCAGGAUCUCUGAAAACAAACUGUACUUGUGUUUGGUUUUAAUAAGCACCCCUCACUCCUACCCCACGUCCAUUAUCUUAGAACCCAGAGCACAUAUUACAGUGAAUAUGGUAAUUAAAAUCAGGGAAAUCCUGACCAUUAAGUAUUGAUCUACCAGGAAUGUUGUGUAGUGGCAGAGGCAGUGACGUCACCUUCAAGUGAAUAGAAGGUUUAUUCUCUGUUCAUUCCUGGUGAGCUAUGUUGCUUGGGGACUGUUACAAGUAUCUAGUUUCUGUUACUAGUAUCUAGUCUCCCGUGGUAUGAGGUCAUCAGCUUGAGAUCACAAAUUUUGAGAACAAAGAGUUUAAAUUGACGAGGCUUGAGAUCUCAAGUUCUAAAUCCUAAGGUAUGAGAGCUCCUGGUUUGAGAAGAAAGAUAAGACUGAUAUUCCUACAUGGCUCGUGUGCCACACCUGUUGACAACCACCCCCAUUGUGAUAGUGUUUCGUUAUCAAUGUUUAUUAGAGAUUUAUCUUUGUAUCUUUUGAUACUGUAGAGGACAACUAUAGUAUAUAAUAUAUAUAUAUUAAUUUGAGUAAAAUCACUUUCUGUA